AUGGAUAUUAAUUAGUUAGCCAUAUAAGCAAGAUAACUGUUUCUUGAUAGCAGGUUAGAAGAGUGUAAAAAAUAUGUAGAUGAAAUUGAAUUUGAUGAAAAUGAUUUUUUAUCUUAUAAAUAUGCAUAGAUAUAUAAGGGAUUAAGCUUUUUUGAAUUAAGUUAGCAGUAAUUAGGUUAAUAAUGUUUUUUAGAUUUGAUUAGUCUAUGCCAAUAAAAAAAUAAAAAUGACAGCGAUGAAUUGGAUAUUAUCAUUUAAAUUCUUUAUUAAUGGUAAAAUUUUGAUGAAGAUUAAGCAAAGGCAAAGAAGCAUAACCAAAAUUUAUACAAUUGCUGUGAAAAUUAUAAAUAGCAGCAUGAACUAAAUUAAAAUUAUAACUUAUUCAUCUAUUUAUUUGGAGUCAGUGUGUAUAAUUUUAUAGAUUAUUAUCCUGAUAAGAAGCACUGCUCUUAUUUAGAUAACUUAAUUUAAUGUUAAGAAAAAAUUUAAUAAUUUAAUUAAGAAAGCAUCAUUUUAAUUGGAUGGAUGUAUGAUUAUUUGGAGAAGCACGAAGAGGCCAGGAAAUGGUACAAAAUGCUUGAAUAAAUUAAUCCUCGAUAUCCUGGUUUAGCAAAUAAUAUUGCUUUAACUUAUGAAUCAAUGAAUGAAAAAAAUUUAGCAGAAGAAUAUUUUUUAAAAGCAGUAGAAAUAUGUCCAAAUAAUGCAGUUAUUUUGACUAAUUUGGCACAACAUUAUUAAAACAGUGAUUAAUAUGAGAAAGCUAUAGAAUACUAUGAAAAAUCUAUCAAUUCUAAUCCUUAAUUUACUGGGUGUUUUAUAUGCUAUUCAAAGCUUUUGUAAGAUAAACAAAAUAUAGAAAAAGCAAGAGAAAUUCUUUUAAAAGGACAACAGUUAAAUUAGAAAAAUACAGACAUUUUAUUCUAUUUAGUGAGUUUAGAAGUUUAAGAAAGUAAUUAUUAAAAAGCCCAAGAGUAUGUCGAUUUAGCAGUUGAAAUUGAUCCAAACGAAGGAUUUAUUGAAUAUAAAUUUGGAAGCUUAUUAUUUGAUAAAAAUUAAUAUGAUUUAUGUGAAACUUAAUUUUUAAGAUCAUUAGACAAAAAUCUUACUCCUAUGUUGAUUGGGUAUGCAAAUUCUAAAUUAGCCUAUUCCUACUUUUCUUAGUACAAAUUUCUUUAAGCUUUCAAAUAGCUAAUGUAGUUGGGAAAUCUUGAUAUUGCUUUUUUUGAGUUUUAAGAAGAGCUGGAUGGAAUUGGAUAUAUUCUUGAUGAAAUACAAGAAAUAUCAUUACAAGAAAAAGUUGAUAUUCUUAAUUCUUAUUAUGGAAUUAUUUAAACUCGAUACAAGCAAAUUUAGUUAUCUACUUAAAAUACAUUUUUUAGGUGUUUUUUAGAAUAUAAAUAGGAUUUGUUUUGCAAUACAGUUAGCAUAAUUGCAUACUAAAAGCACUUAUAAUCUUUACUAACUUAUAAAUCAAAUUACAACCAUUGGGAUUUAUUUUUGGCUUGA